AUGAAUCGUACGGGUUUCUGUAGUCGUGUGUGUGUGUUGACUCCCACUAUGAGGAAUACCAUUAUUAUUAGUGAUGCCCUCUUAAUACAGAGGCGCCGUGUAUCCAUUCAACCCGUUGAUACCUUAAGACAAGGAAGAAACAAUAAUAAUAUUAGUAAUAAUGAUAAUAAUAAUAACAGUAAUGUUAAGAGAUCAUACCGCUUUGCUGUAAAGGACCAUGAGCGUGGUCUCUACGAUCAUGGUCUCACACCAGAUGCCCGUCUCGCUAUUGCGGAGGCCGAAUCUCAAUACCGUGCGAGUUCACAAUAUUUACAUACACCCGCAGGUGGAAUGGCCGCACCGGAAGUAUAUAUAGAUACAGACGGUGUGAAGAUUGAAUGUAUUACCGCCCCAGUUGGAGAGGAAUAUGUGCCUUCACACAAGGAACGAUUUGCGCAUCGUGGACAUGUGGGAGAGUUAAGUAUGCAGAGAUCGGUGGAGCGUAAGUAUAUGUUAAAUGCACAUGCAGAGUUAAAUAUACGAAAAGAACGACAAUUACGGGAGUUCCUAUCCUCUCCAAUGCCAUUUUUAGAGAAGGCGGAGGAAUUACAACGUUUAUUACCGGAUUUCUAUACACAACAAUUAACCAUUUCUUCUUCUAAUGUGGAAGCUAUUAUUUCAUUAUGGGCACAUGGUAGUCUUGAGCAACGUAUGGUUGGGAAUACAUUAUCACCCCAGUCCUCUCAACCACAAUCCUUAUCAUCAUCAUCUUCUUCUUCAUCUUCUUUAGAUCUUGAUAAAAAUGUUCGUGUUUCUGUAAUGGAUGAAGUACCUUUUCUAUCAGCAAUGAAACAAUUAUAUUUUUAUACCCGACAAACACAUGUGGCUCCCACACCAUUAGUAUUGGAAUGUAUGAUGACUACAUUAGGUGCUGGCUUAACCCCAAAUGCGAGUGUUUUUCAUUUAGCCAAUCGAUUAUUAUUAGAUGCAGAUAAGUAUGUGAUUCUCCCCACACGCACAACUUACGCUGCCUUUUUUACAAUUUGUAGUCUUCAUAAUGCCAUGUCUUUUGCAAUGGCACGAUUAAAAGAUGCGGUGACGAAUCUUCAUAUAUCUAUAGAUGCUUCUAUGGCCACAGCUCUACUGAAAGGACUUUCUCAAAAUGGAUUAAUAGAAGAGGCAAUAUCUCUAUUAGCACGUUUAGAUCAUAUACCAUUAGAUGUUCAAUUGUUAAAUGCCUCAUUGGAAGUAUUAUUGUUAUCUGAACAACCACAGGCGUGUUUCUCUGCUUUUAAUGCUACUCGAUAUUGUGCGGUGAAGCCAAAUGCGGAAACGUAUACAUUGUUGUUAUUAGCCUGUGAACGGUCUGGUCUGUGGGGUCAAACAACGGCUAUUCUUGCGGAUAUGCAAACCCGUCGUGUAAAGGGAGAUUCCAAAACUCUCAAUUUACUCUUAAAAGGUUUAUUAACAGAGAGACUGCACAGUUAUGCGCGUCAAUUAUAUCAAACGAUGGUAAUGAAGAAUGUAGAGGUGUGGCCAGCACUGGAAUCUCACAUGGAUGCAGGCAACAAUAAGAAGAAGAAACAGAAGAAGAUGGAUAAACCGAAAGAGAAGGUGAAACAACAGGAGAAUUAA